AUAGUUUUGACCUGUGAGCGCUUCCGUACCGGAGUGGCAGGUUCCAGGAAGUGGCUUCGCUCUCACAACAAACAGCGCAGUUUUCUCGCCAAACUAUGAACAAUUUUACCAAAGUUCUCGGUAAAUCAGUCCACAAAACAGGACGCUUUCCAUGUGGAAACAGUCCAGUAACCGGUCGAAGUUUGCUGCCAGGACAGUUUUUCCUUUUUUCGUUUAGUUUGAUGGAGAUUCGAGCAGGCUAACAAAGUUAGCCACAGCAGCUAACAGAUGUUCCAGGAACUUUAUUUGGCUGAAGAUGUUUUUUAAUCGACUUUAAAUGUGAUUUCAGACCGUUUAGAGGAAGUAAACAUACAGAACGAUGCCGCGCCUGCAGUCCGGCGUGUGGAAACAUUUCACACUGGCCAUCAAGGAUGGAAGAGAAACCUUCAUGUGCAACUACUGUCUGAGGACCUACACCAAGAACGCCACCAAGAUGCAGAUGCAUCUGGACAAGUGUAAGGAGUUUUCUGUGGUUUCUCAGCGGUCUCCAGGCCCAGAAGGAAGCUCCUCGGCCUCCAUCCCGGUUCCCUCCUACUCCUUCCUGCCGGCGGCCUCGUCUGGGGGACAGUUCCUCAUCGACUCGGUGGAUCAGCGGAGCCAGGCGCUGGCUGACGAGUGUCUGGCGAGGGCCGUGUUCGCCUCGUCUUCAGCGCUCAGCCUCACAGACAACAUCUACUGGAAGCGAUUCUUCGGCGUCCUGCGGCCGGCGUACUGCCCCCCGACCCCCGAGGCUCUGUCCACCCACCUGCUGGACGACGAGUACGACCGAGUGAGGAGCGUGGUCCAUGAGGCCGUCAGGAAGGCCGACUGCGUCUCCAUCAUCUGCAGCAGCUGGUCCGACGUUAAUGAAACAGGAACUGUCGUCUAUGUCGUCACCACUCCUUUCCCGCUCUUCUACAAAAGCAGCAAGACGAAGGAGUUCACAGCCGAGGAGCUGAAAGACGUCAUCAGCGAAGUUGGACCUCAGAAGGUUUUCGCUGUCGUCACCGAUGACUCUCCUGAGAUGGUGUCGGCGUGGCUCCAGGUGGAGGAAGCGUUUCCUCACAUAUCGGCCAUCGGCUGCUCUGCUGCUGCCGUCCACCGGCUGUUUGAUGACAUCAUGAAGCAGCCGUCUAUGAUGUCACUGUGCAGCCGAGCUGAGCAGGUGUUCAGGUGUUUAAGAGAGCAGAAAAUACCAGCAGAGACUUCCAGAAGCUGGAAAACUACCAAACUAAGAAAGCGGUCUGACAGGCUGGAGCUGCCUGACUGGACCGAUGUGGUGACCCUGCUCAGCUGUCUGCUGGAGGAUCAGAACCAUCUCCAGAACCUGACCCACACGCUGGACGUGGAUGCUCCCAUCAGGUCGACUCUACAGGACGAAGACUUCUGGAAAGGUCUGAGCAGCAGCAGAAACCUUCUCUACCUGGUCGGGAGUCAUCUGGACUUCAUGAGAGGAGAAGAUGCCGUUCUGUCUGGGGUUGUCGACAUGUUCGGUCGGCUACGAUACGCCAUUGGAGCAACUCUUUCCGGGUCGGUGCUGCUCAGCGGCGAGCAGGAAGCCGUCAUGGCGUCGCUGGACAGAUGUGAGGAGUUCUGCGUGAAGCCGAUCCACACCGCGGCGUUCAUGUUGGACCCGAAACACGCCGGACAGCAGACGCUCUCCGGGGAACAGAUCAGCGGCGCCUACAGCCUCAUCUCCACGCUGUCGCAGCACCUGGACCUGGACGAGGGGAAAGUUCUGGCCAGCUUCGCUCGUUUCUCAGCUAGACAGGGCCUGUGGAGGGGAUCAGGGAUCUGGAGCUCCUGUCAGCACGUAUCUCCAUCCACCUGGUGGAAAGGACUGUGUUCGUCUGAGCCGAUGUCCGCCGUCGCCGUCGCUCUUCUCCAGAUCCCUCCCACCACGGCGGCCUGCGAUCGCCUGCGGUCGCAUUUCAAUCACGCUAAAACAGAAACUUUGAUCUCAGCUGAAAGGUUGCACAAACUGGUGGCCGUUCAGACGAAUCUGAACCUUUUAGAGCCGCUGGAGAGUGAAGAAGAAGAGAAGAAGGUUUUAUGUCAGUCUGAGACUAAAUGUGAACCCAUGUAGAGAAAAACUGCCUUCAAUGGCGCGUUCCCACCAGCACCUACUCAGCUCGGUUUGUGAGGUUUUUUUAUUUGGACGUAGUACCAGCUACUAUUUAAUGACCUACUGAGGGUUCCAAGCGAGCUGAGUGGAGCAGAUAAUGUGACAUCUACAGAAUGCAGGCCACUGAUUGGACAAGGAGUGAUGACACACGAGAGCGACUCCAUCACGAAAACCAAACCCACCAUUUAAAAAACAUAGCAACAGCGACGGUGUGCACUGUCCUUCAUGGAAUUGAGAAAAUCUGACAAAAAGCCACAGACGGAGCAGCAGGUUUACCGUCGCCUCCACCCACGAUGAGGUGGAACUCAACUGUGAUGGAAAACGACCUAAACUGAGCCCAGUUGAGUAGGUGCUAGUGGAAAAGCACCUAAAAUGAACAAAAUCCAGUUUAUUAGAUCAAAUGUAGAGUUUUUCUGAACUAUCAGUUUUGCACUGACUUUCUGUGACACUUAAUCUGAUGUGUUUAAUUGCACAUUAUUGAACUUUUUUAUUACAGAAAUAAAUUCUGUAAAUCAACUUUUUGUAAUCACAAUGUGACACUUUAACACACUAGCAGUCUUUGUUAGAACAUUUAUUUACAUGAUGUAAAUAAAACCAUUGUUUAUCUAAAA